CCGUCACGUGACGGGUCGGCACGCCCAUUACGGUGCGUCAUCGCGUUACGUGCCGUGCGUGCGGUCAAAGGUCAGCAACAUGGCGGCGCCCUGGUGCAAGCGGCUCCUCCAGCGAUGGGUCUUCUCUUCGGGCCCUAUCCCCCGGGCCUUGAGGAGCGGGAGCCGUUUGAGCGCUACCCGGUUAGAAAGCCCCGUCCGCUGCAUCUUCCUCCGGGCUUACUGCUGCAAGAGCAGCCUGUAUGAACACGUGAGGGACGGGUACUCUGACAGGCCCCAGCUGGACAUGGGGCUGGUCUGCAGUCACACACAGGCUGUGCUCGAUAAUGUGCACAAUCGCAAGGGCGAGCUGACCGGGGAGGAUGUGGCUGACAUCGUCUCUACAUGGAAACAAUUGGUGAAAACAAAGGUGGAAAUCGAGAAAUUAGAAAAUGAGAAAAAUAGAAUCAGUGAUUCAGUUAAAGCCCUCCUGGACAAGCACAAUAAAGAAGCCCUUCAAUCUCAUCCUGAUUUCUCAAGACUGCGAAACCGAGGAAAGGAAAUUCGCCUGGAAUUAAAUUUUCUUUAUAAUCAAGAGAACCAGCUGGAUGAACACUUUUAUCUAAAGGCCUUGAAGCUACCCAACUGGACUCAUCCAAGUGUGCCUGUAGGUGAUGAGAGCCAGGCUCGUGUGGUUGAAAUCGUCGGUGAGAAGCCAGGUGAGAAUCUUCAGUUAUCGAUAAUGACAGUGCAGAGAAUCCGACUCGCUCAUGUUUCUGGCCAUCGAUCAUACUACCUACGUGGAGCAGGCAGUGAACUGCAGCACGCCUUGGUCCAGUUUACAAUGAGCAAGCUCCUCAACAAGGGCUUCACGCCAGUAACUGUGCCAGAUAUGCUGAGAGGCGCUGUGUUUGAAGGCUGCGGGAUGCGGCCCAAUGCCAAAGCCUCUCAGGUUUACCAGCUCGAUCCGACUCGUUUUGAGGAUCUGUGCCUGGCAGGAACAGCUGAGGUUGGCAUCGCAGGUUAUUUCAUGGACCAUGCUGUGAACCUGCAGGAUCUGCCUGUGAGGAUGGUGUGUUGCAGUACGUGCUACAGAGCAGAGACAGACACUGGGAGGGAGGCCUGGGGACUCUACAGAGUCCACCAUUUCACCAAGGUUGAGAUGUUUGGAAUGACGGCAGCAGAGACAGGGAGUGAGAGCACAGAGCUCCUGGAGGAGUUUGUGAUGCUGCAGAAGGAGAUCUUCUCUGAUCUUGGACUCCAUUACAAGGUGUUGGAUAUGCCGACUCAGGAACUUGGGCUUCCGGCUUAUCGUAAAUUUGACAUCGAAGCAUGGAUGCCCGGGAGGGGUAGUUAUGGAGAGCUUUCAAGUGCAUCUAACUGCACAGACUACCAGAGCAGAAGGUUGAACAUCAUGUAUUAUGAGGAAGCUGCUCAGCUGAAAUAUGUUCACACUGUUAAUGCCACUGCCUGUGCUGUACCCCGCACGCUAAUCGCUAUCUUGGAAUGUAACCAGCUGAAGGAUGGCAGCGUGCGGGUACCAGCGGUUCUCCAACCCUACCUCGGCAAAGAAGUGAUCAGUCAUCCCACCCACAGCCCGUUACGUUACAUCGGGCCGAACCAGUACCAGAGGAACCUCACCAAGGCCCAGUGAGGGCCAACCACUCUGCAAGUGACCGGGGACUGCCCAGAUCUCCCAAGUUGGCAUUUCUUGGGACUUGACCAAGGGGUGGUCACCUCACAGUUUAAUCCUUUAGUGUCUGUCUCUCUCUCUCUUGUUUUACUCAGGUUGGAAGUCAUACCCUCUGCUGACAGCUUUUAUUUUCCCUUCUUGACUUUUCUUCUAUUUCUGUCUCUCUCUCCCACACCCUCCACCCCUUGCGCACUCUCUCUCUCUCUUGCGCUCUCCUCCCCAUGCCUGCUGUUUAUUUCUUUCACUCUCUCGUUCACUGUCUGUCUCUCUCUCUGUGUCUCUCUGUGUGUGUGACUCUCUGUCUGUCUCCUUACCACCCCUUCUAUUUAACUCACUCUCUGUUUCUCAUUCUUGCCCCCUCCCCACCUCUGCUGUCUCUGUCUCUCUUCCCCUUCCCUGUGUCUCUGUGUGUGUGUGUGUCUCUCCCUCUCUCUCUCUCUCUCUCUCUCUCUCUGUCUCUCUGUGUCUGUCCCAAUCUCUCUCUCUCACUGAAGGUGCUGAUGCUCCCUUGGGGGAGACUUGGAUCUGGGUCUCUCGGACCCUCUUGUGCCAGGCCCACAGUGGAACUUGAGCCCGGGCUGCUCGAGGAAGAAGUGGGGAGAGGGAAACUACUCAGCAGGAGGGAGAAUUAUGCAGGACCCUCAUCUCCCAGUGAUCACCUUUCACAGAGGGACCAAGCUGACAUGCACGUGCGCACAGAGACCCUUCAGUAACAAGACAGUGGGGCACAUGGAAAGUAAUGUGGGAGUGCUCCCCUCAUCCCCUUGCCCAUGUUCCUUUUCUUGCCCCCACGUCCCUAGGGCUGUGAUUUCAGGCUCCAUGGAGCUCCUUGCUGUACAUCUGCCUUUCGGAACACUCCAGUAAUUUAUCUCAACAAGCGAUGGUCUGGGGGCAGAUGGUAGAAUUUUAAUUUUAAAACAGAUUAUCAUGUUUAAAGAUUUUAUCAGCAGAGCUUGCGUUCAAAGAAAUGGAGGGUGAAUCACUGGCAGAAUUAUUUCCAAAAGAGAAAUAAAAAAGGAUUGUUUUUUUAAA